CGGGGCCAUGAUGAAGAGGCGCCCAUUGGCUCCUUGCUUCCCUCCCGAGGAUGAAGUGAAGUCUCGGCGCUUAAAUAUCGCGAGAGGACAUGUCCGCGGCAGCAGGAGCGCCUAGUGAAGAAGAGGAUUCAUAGUGAAUGUGUGAAGCAGACUGGAACAGACAGUGUUAAGUGGUUAGCACUGAGCCUCUGGAGCACAAUGGAACACUUAGGGACGGUGGAGCCUGAAGAUGAAUCAGGGUUAUUAUCACGCCUUGCACCUAGCCCUCCCAGUGAAGCUGUUGCUUAUGAACUUCAGGAACUUUCCUUGCAGCCCAGCCAGUGGUUGCCCUCACUCGAUGAAAGGAAGAAUGUACUACAACUGAGGCUACAGCAAAGGCGGACAAGAGAACAGCUGGUAGACCAAGGAAUCAUGCCACCUUUGAAGAGCCCUGCUGCAUUCCAUGAGCAGAUAAAGAGCUUAGAGAGAGCUAGGACUGAAAACUUUCUGAAGCACAAGAUACGGAGUAGACCUGAUCGAUCAGAGUUGGUCAGAAUGCACAUUCUUGAAGAAACAUUUGCAGAACCCUCUCUACAGGCAACUCAGAUGAAACUGAAGAGAGCACGCUUGGCAGAUGAUCUCAAUGAGAAGAUUGCUCAGAGGCCUGGCCCUAUGGAACUUGUGGAAAAAAACAUCCUGCCUGUGGACUCCAGUGUUAAAGAAGCAAUUAUAGCGGUUGGCCAGGAAAACUAUCCUCAAGCUUUGGAUGAUUUCUCAUUUGAUGAGGACAGCAGUGAUGCUUUAUCUCCAGACCAGCCCGCUAGUCAAGAAUCCCAGGGCUCAGCAGCAUCUCCUGGUGAGCCCAAAGCAAGAGAAGCAACAUCUCCAGUCACCCCAGUCUCCUCUGCCAACCAGUAUCCAAUAUUAACAUCAUCAGUGCCUGAAUUUCUGAAGCCCUUCACAGAUCAGCACACUCCAUGCUCUACAACUGCUGUUCCUCUUACCACAAAUACUACAUCUGCACCAAAACACUGCAGCGGUCCAACACUAAUAAAGCAACCCCAUCCCAAGAAUCCAAAUGACAAGCCUCGGAACAAGAAGUGCAAAGAACCAAAGCCCAGAGUGAAGAAGCUAAAGUAUCAUCAGUACAUCCCACCUGAUCAGAAAGGUGAGAAGAAUGAGCCACAGAUGGACUCCAACUAUGCUCGCUUGUUACAACAACAACAGCUUUUUUUGCAACUGCAGAUUCUGAGCCAACAGCAGCAACACUACAACUACCAGACGAUACUUCCCGCACCUCUCAAGCCUGUGAGUGACAAACAGUGUAACACUGGGAAUACACAACUAAAUACUUUGAACAAUAACACGUCUUUAGUGGGAAGCGGCAAACCAAGACAAAACACUAAUGUUUCCAACAGAAAACCAGGACCUCUCCCUCCUAGCUUGGAUGACUUAAAGGUAGCUGAGCUGAAAAUAGAACUAAAGCUAAGAGGAUUGCCAGUGUCUGGAACAAAAAUGGAUCUUAUUGAACGGUUGAAACCUUAUCAAGACCCGAACAACAAUUCUGUCAGCACAAAUAACACAGUGGUGACUUUAUCCACUAGUGAUAUUAGUAAUCCGGGGGAAGUAGCUACAGUAUUCCCUGUUACUGCAUUAAAUAAGUCAGAAGUUAGUUCCAUUCCCACACUUCCUUCAGAAACAGUAUCUGUUGCAACUGAAGGUAAAUCAACACCCAUGGAGUGCAUCAGCUCCCCUUUGACCAUUUCCCCGUCUCCUUCAGAGCAGUCUUGUCUUGGCACCGAUGACACCAACAUGGCAGACUCUUUGACCGAAAUUUUGACCAUAAUGUCCUCAUCCCAGUUGCCAAGUAACUCACCUGUUGAGCUGACCACAAAUGAAGACAGUCAUAGUGGUGGAAGCAUGGCAGCUAUGGAGCCAGAUGCAGCUGAACAGGACCGUAAACUUCAAGAAAAGGAAAAACAAAUUGAAGAACUCAAAAGAAAACUGGAACAAGAGCAAAAACUUGUGGAAGUACUAAAACUGCAGCUUGAAGUGGAAAAGCGGGGUCAUCAAGAGCAACCCCAAGCUGACACAACUGUGAUUUUGAACCAGAAAUUUAUCAGCCCUGCUGUCAAAGAAGAAGGCACUUUAGUACAUUGCUCUGAUGCAAGACAAUCCACAUCUGAAAUCAACCAGUCUAUAGGACAGAUAGUACCAAUGGAUGAGCAGAACCUAGUUGCCAAAAAACCUAUCGUUAUCAAGCAGGAAGUACCCUUGGCGAAAGCUGAACCACAAAACGUUGUAUCUCAGUUCUGUGUAAGUUCUCAGAGAAAGCCACAAACUGCUGUUGUUGCCCAGCCUCAGGCUUUACUUACUGCACAAGGAACAGCACAGCUGCUACUCCCUCUCUCAUUCCAGGGUCCAAAUUCGACCACUUCAGUGCAGCUACCUGUGGGCAAUAUUCCAGUACAGGUAAUUCCUACCUCAUCAAAUGCAGUUUUCCCCUGUCAGAAUCAGUCUGUUACAACACUACAACAAUCUUUGUUUAAUCAGAAGUCAAAUAUCACAGCUCACUCAGGGAACCAGGCGUCCUUGAUAGAAAAUGGACCCAGUGCUCGUCAGAAGCCAGCCUCCCCAUCUCAGCCCCAGCGUUACAUUUUACCACAGUCUUUGUUCAGUAGUUCAGUAACCAUGUCAGAAGACCCUCCACGCUAUGAAGAAGCCAUCAAACAGACGCGUGGCUUGCAGGUUUCUCAGCAUGAGAUUUCGAGUGCACAUAGCCAGCAAAUGGAUGACCUCUUUGACAUCCUCAUUAAGAGUGGAGAAAUUUCCAUGCCUACCAAGGAAGAAUCUUCUCUGAUUUCCAAAAUGACCCCAGUUACUGCCAACAUCAGCACUAUGCCAGUGAACACAGUGGUCUCUCGUCCACCGCCACAAGUCCAAAUGGCUCCUCCUCUCUCCUUGGAACCAGCAAGCAAUUUCUCUCUGUGUCUGGAAAACCAACUAGAAGCUCUCUUGGAAGGAACUCUACCAUCAGGGAAUGGAAUGUCUCAACUGUCAAGCAAUAGCGAGGAUAGAGAGUCUUUCUCCCUGAUUGAAGACCUUCAAAGCGACCUUCUCAAUCACUCUGGCAUACUUGAUCACUCCCAAUCACCUAUGGAAACAUCUGAUUUACAGUUCACUGCUUCUAAUUCCUGCUUAUCUCUUGACCUUCCAGACACAAAUUUAGAUAACAUGGAGUGGUUAGACAUUACUAUGCCAAACACUUCCUCGGGAUUAACUCCUCUCAACUCAACUUCUCCAAGUAUGUUUUCAACUGAUUUUCUUGAUCCACAGGAUCUACAGUUGCACUGGGAUUAACUGAAAAGGCAAGGCCUAUUUGAUUGUGGGUUUUACAGAUCUAUUUUACAGUCCAGGUCCAUUGUUUUCAGGUCCAUCUUUUAAAACGAUCUUAUAAGACGGUUUAUUAAAAAAACCUAAAAAGCAUAAGUAGCGGAAUGAAAACUGAUGUUCCACUAAGAUAAAAGAUGGCUUUGCAAUCUUGUAAAAAUAUGCUACUGGCACACACUUAAAGCAAGCUGGGAAGCAAGGGGGAAAUUAGAUAAUUCUUUAUUUAAGCAGAGAAAAUCUAUUUGGACAAAGACAUACUAUUACUGCACUAGAUUAUUCCUACAGAAAGCUGUAGUUGGUUAAACUGAAGAAAACAGAAAGGAUUUUAUAAAAUGAGUGACAUGUGACUGGUUUUUUAAAAAUUCAUUUUUAAUUCCUGACUUAAAAAGAGGUCUCUUUCUCCCUCUACAUUUUUUGUUUAAAAUAGUUUUAUGGCUACAACAGUUACUCAGUUUAAUCUGAUAGAUUCCUUAAUAAAAGAAGUGAUAUAAUAAUAAAAAGGUGUCUUUCGUUAGUUUGGCAUCAGAUUUUUUAAAAGUAAUUGUUACUAUAAUUACUUGGGGGGAAAACGCAGAUAUAGAUGACACCAUCUUGAGAAUGCCUCUUCUAAAAUAAUGUCUGCUGCAACAUGUGUUUGCAUGAUCUAGAGAAAACAAAGAAAGUGUCCUUUUUAAAAGCAGUUACUGAUUUUAUAGGGAAAUUUUGGGGGAUGUAAUAAAUCAAUAUAUUAAAUAAAUAGAUAAAUGCAUGAUUAAUGAGAGAAGGCUUUUUUUUUAAUGGUCCCAACCUUCUUUAAUUUGUAUUCAGGGGAUGUAUAAAAAAUAUCUAGUUGGUCAUUUCUUUUGGAGAUGUUAUUAAAGUGCUGGACUGUUAUUUGCACAUUUUCGACCAAUUUUACUCUUUAUGCUUUUUAACAUUUUGGUUCCAAAGGCAUCUUCCAUUUAGAGGCUGCUAUUUUACAUUCUGUGCUGGUGUUCUAUGAGAAAAGUGAAAUUAAACCUGAAAAAUGUAGCGCUGCUUUUGUGGAGCAGUGCUCAUUGUCAUUGCCCCUUAACCAAGUUUUUAUCCUAUAGCCUCUGAAUUAAUGUUGCAGCACUUUUAAAAAGGGGGGGGGGGGGGAAUCAGCCUUCCUAGAUCACAAUCUACAGGGCGUUGUCAUCUCCAAGACAGGUAAUUUCUAAACUCUAUGAAUCGCUUUAAAAAUAUUUUGAGUGGAUAAAUAAAAAUGUAAAUAACAAUCAUAUCCAUUUCCCUGGUCCCUGAACAAGACAGAUUGGCUCUACUAAACAGGUGCUAAAGAUAGGGAUCAUCACUGUCUAUGAUAUUUGUGCAUUUUAGAAGUUCAUGAAACCGUUUCCCAAUAAUAAGUGGCAGGAAUAUAGGACUAUCUGUCCAUUUAGCAUGGUAUUGACUACUAUGACUGGCAAUGGCUUUCGGGGAUGUCAGGAUGAGAUAUUGACUCCUUUCAGCUACAGGUUCCAGAGACUGAACCUGGGACUUGUAAAAUUAGUGUUUAUCCACUGAGCAACAGCUGAUUUUAACACCAGGAAACAGGAUGCAUCAGUACAUCUAGUUGUCUAAUAACUGUUGACUAUGCAACAGUGUCACAGAAAUCCUAUUUUCUAUUUCAUGAUAAUCAUGAUAAAAAAUUAUAGUUCUAUCAGAAUAUUCUUCCCAUUUUUAACCUUAAGGAAAUAUCAAAAAUACAAUCAUGUUACGCAAAUUUAAAUUCCAAAGAAAAUUCCAAAGGAAAGAAAAGUUCACCUUUCUUAUAUGGUAGUUUUUUCUCAGAGUAGGGUUCAGAGUAGGGGUUGAAGAACAAUAGAAAAAUCACCGGGAUUUGUACUAUUGUUCAUGAUCCACACUGUUUGCUUCAACGGUUGUGAUUUUGAUAACAGAAGCAAUCAGUAUCUGCAUUGUUUGGUAUUUAUUUAGUCUGAGUGUAGUAUUUUGAGCCACUUUCACAUUUCCAAUGCAUAUUUUCAAUUUUCUUUUUUUCUUGUGAAGGUACCAUUUGAGGUUAGCUUUGAAAUGAGAGGAGAUGUCAGAGUAGUUUUACAACAAAAAGAAACGAAACCUCUAUUUGCGACCCACAUUUGGGAGAGUGCUCUUAUGUUGCCUUGUCUUGGUAAUUUGAUACAGUGAUUCAUAAAAAACUGCAUUUAAUGUUUAGUUGCUUUAGCUUAUGGCUUAAUACAUGUUUGGUGUUUUUAACUGGAGAACAGAGAAGAGUUCUUGGAGAGAAUGCUUCAACUUUACCAUUCCAUAGCCAUCCUUUGAUGGAGGCUAACAUUUUGAGGUGCUUUAUAUUUCCCAGUGAAUUCUAAGUAUAGUUUUCCCCUGCAAGGACCAGUUUGAAUUCAUGUAUGUCACUUUCUGAUGGCGCCUCUCUGACUAGCAUGUUUCCUGUCAUGUGUCAUAUCCAGUCCAAAGAAGAUAGAAAUGGGAUGAAUUUAACUAUCUGUACUUUGAACUUAUCACAACAGGACAGGAGACAAGGUUUGUUUUUAUCAGGACCCGAAAUCCAAAGAAUAAGAUGUAUGCAU